AUGGCCCUCCCGAUGAUGUCAGAGCGCCGUCGGCCGUCGGAGGCGCUGCGCCAGCGUGCUGAGGAUGUGGUUGUUCCUCCCGCCCUUGUUUCGCUACGGGUGGCCCUCGGCCCCCCAAAGGUGUGGGGGGUGCUGUCCAAGACGUUCUCCGCCGACGUGGGCGUCGUGCUGGGCCGCCCGCAGCGCCAGUGCGCGGCCGAGGCGGCGAUGGUCCUGGCCGCGCAAGCGGGGGGGGCCCCUUCUCACGGCAUGGCGAUGAGCCAGCCCGUGCCCAGCGAGAGGUUCGUGGCCUUCCAGGUUCGGUGCGUCCUGGAGGUCGAGUACAUCGGGUACCAGCUGCAGUGCGAGGGCCCCGCGUGCGACGGGCUCGGCGGGCCGCAGUCUCUCUUUGGGAUGCAGCGGCGUCAGCAGAGCCUGCGCGCGCCCUCAUCGCUGCAGGGGCUCCCAUGGCCGCGUUGA